UCUCCAUGCCUUUGUCAGGAAAGGCAGGAGGUCCAGGCUUAGGCUGUGUGGAAAGAGCCCCCUUGGAGGGGCCAGAGGAGAAACAGAGGUUUGGUGAGUGUCCAGGGAGAGAAGCCCUUUGCGGGGAGGUCGGAGAGAGGGAGGAACCCUCUCAGGCUGCCAUGAGAAGGGGCCCCCAAAUCCAGGCCAGACGCAAGGAGGGUCAGGAGUGCUGAGGCAAAUGUCACUUGUGCCUUUUUUUUUUCCCUCUAAACAAACUAAACAAAGCAGCUGCGCCCGGUGGCCUCUCAGGAAGGCCAGUCAUUUCCUGAGGCGAUAUGAGGCCGCCCAGGCAUUGUUCCUGGUUUCCAGCAUGGCCGCCAUUACCUGACCAGCGCCACGGCCGGUCUGUCCGCGGCGCCUGGAGAAGCUCCCAAAGGGGUCUCUGCUUUUCACGGGGCAGGUUUCUCACCUCCGUCACGUGGGAAGUGCCUUCUGCCUCCGGGGCAUGGCGCAAAAGCAGAACUAACCGCCCGAAGCCUUCGCUCACUCUCAGGAUGCGGCUCUGGUGGGCCCGGGGCGGCACGAUGUGGCUCCGAGUCCUGCUGACACUUCUCCUCUGUUCAAGCCUUGAGGGUCAAGAAAACCCUUUCACCAUCAACAGCAUCCACAUGCUGAUCCUGCCGAAGCAGGAGGUGCAAAACGGGGAGAACCUGACCCUGCAGUGCGUCGUGGAUGUCAGCACCACCUCGAGUGUCAAGCCUCAGCACCAGGUGCUGUUCUAUAAGGAUGACGUGCUGUUUCACAACGCCUCCUCCAUGGAGAACACAGAGAGUUAUUUCAUUCCCCAAGCCCGGGUCUAUGACGCAGGGAUAUAUAAAUGCACUGUGAUCCUGAACAACAAGGAGAAAACGACGGCGGAGUACCCGGUGUUGGUGAGAGGAGUGUCCGAUCCCAGGGUGACGCUGGACAAGAAGGAGGUCAUAGAAGGCGGGGUCGUGAUGGUCAACUGCUCUGUCCCGGAGGAAAAGGCUCCAAUACAUUUCACAGUUGAAAAAUUCGAACUAAAUGUAAAAGGCGUCAAGCAAAAAAGAGAAAAAACUUCCCAGCACCAGAAUUUUGUGACGCUGAAAUUCACAGUUGAGGAGCAAGACCAGGCUAUAUGGUUCCAAUGUCAAGCUAGGAUCGUUUCCGGGACCCACGUGGAGCCUUCUAGAUCCAUCAGGAGUGAACUGGUCACCGUGAGGGAAUCCUUCUCUAAUCCCAAGUUCCACAUCAGCCCCAAGGGAACGAUCAUAGAAGGGGAUGAUCUCCACAUCAAGUGCACCAUUCAAGUGACGCACCUGGCCCAGUCGUUUCCAGAAAUCAUAAUCCAGAAGGACAAGGCGAUUGUAGCACACAGCAGGCACGGCAACGAGGCCGUGUACUCAGUGAUGGCCACGGUGGAGCACAACGGCAACUACACGUGCAAAGUGGAAGCCAGCCGCAUAUCCAAGGUCAGCAGCAUCGUGGUCAACAUAACAGAGCUGUUUUCCAAGCCCAAGCUGGAAUCUUCCGCCACACGUCUGGAUCAGGGGGAAGGCCUGAACCUGUGGUGCUCCAUCCCAGGAGCGCCUCCAGCCAACUUCACCAUCCAGAAGGGAGGCACGGUUGUGUCGCAGGCUCAAAAUUUCACUAAGAUAGCCUCAGAGUGGGACAGUGGGACAUACACCUGCGUCGCAGGCAUCGGCAAGGUGGUCAAGAGCAGCAACGCGGUCCAGAUAGCUGUGUGUGAAAUGCUUUCCAAGCCCAGUAUUUUUCAUGACUCCAGGUCUGAGGUGAUAAAAGGACAGACCAUAGAAGUCAGUUGUCAGUCCAUAAAUGGAACCUCACCCAUUUUUUAUCAGCUUUCAAAAGCAAGUAAGACUUUGGCGAGUCAGAGCAUGGGCUCCAAUGAGCCCGCAAUAUUCAAAGAUAACCCAACGAAAGAUGUAGAAUACCAAUGCAUCGCGGAUAAUUGCCAUUCCCAUACCAAACUGGUCAGCGAACUUCUGCAGGUCAAGGUGAUAGCCCCGGUGGAUGAAGUCAAGCUCUCUAUCCUGUUGAAUGAGGAGGUGGAGUCUGGGAAGCCCAUUGUGCUUCGAUGCUCCGUGAAUGAAGGAUCCAGUCCCAUCACAUACAAGUUUUACAAAGAAAAGGAGGGCAAACCCUUCCACCAAGUCACCUUGAAUGACACCCAGGCCAUUUGGCACAAGCCAAAGGCUAGCAAGGAACAGGAGGGACAGUAUUACUGCACGGCCUCCAACAGAGCCAAUCUCUCCAAAAAUGUCCUCCAAAGCAACACCCUGACAGUCAGAGUCUAUCUUGCCCCCUGGAAGAAAGGACUUAUUGCAGUGGUUGUCAUUGGAGUGAUCAUUACCACCUUGAUACUUGGGGCCAGAUGCUAUUUUCUGAAGAAAGCCAAGGCCAAGCAGAUGCCGGUGGAGAUGUCCAGGCCAGCAGCACCACUUCUGAACUCCAACAAUGAGAAGACGAUGUCAGAUCCCAGUACUGAAGCCAACAGACAUUAUGGUUACAAUGAAGAUGUUGGAAAUCAUGCAAUGAAGCCAUUAAAUGAAAAUAAAGAGCCUCUGACCUUGGACGUGGAGUACACUGAAGUGGAAGUGACCGCCCCUGAGCCUCACAGAGGUAACACCAUCACUCAAGGGAUUCCCCACGUUUUACUGUCUGCUUGGGUGUAGAUGCCAGGGUGGGCUGUGCUG